AUGGCGGCUGCCGAAGGGAGUCUUCAUGCUAAAAUGCUCUUGCAUCUGGCAAAAUCACUUGCAUCGCUGAAACCAACACCCUUCGAUAAGGUAAAAAGAUUAAUCAGUUUAUGUCCAGUAGAAAGUAAAACUGGUAGUUUAAAGAUAGAUUCCAGAGGACAAGAUGCUGUGAUAGCUUUAGGUGUUUAUUUCUUAGAAUCUGGCUUACAGUAUAAAGAUGAGAUCCUACCACUGUUAUUAUCUAUAUUGAGGGGUUUAUCUAAAGCCAAAUAUAUUGAUGGACCAAAAGGACUGAAUAAAUUUAAGCUUCCCAUGACAGAAAAUUUUAGUUUUUGUUUAAAUACUAUUUUAAGUGAUGUAGCUUUUAGAGAUGAUAAUUCUAGAGAUGAGAUAAUAUCUGCUCAGUUAGAUUUAAUGGAAGUUUUAACAAAACUUUGUGAAGGAGCAUUUGAUAUCCCUAAAGAUGUAUUGUGUUUUAAUAUUGUACCUAUUUUAUUGGGCUUGGCUAGAUCAAUUGGCAGGUCAAGUGAUGAAGACAAACCUUUAAUAUCCAAUGUUUUAUAUGUAAAUAAUGGUGGCAAAUCAGUACUCCCAGUUGCAGAGCAAGAGACUGUGCAGACGCAUCGGAGAGCUUUUAGUACUUUUAGACCAAUUUUACCCCGGACUUUAUCUUCGUUGGUAAUCAAUACAGAAAGUCCUAGUCCAACUUCACCAAUACCAUUUGAUUACCCAGAGAACAGACGAGAGCGAUCUCCAUCACCUUUAUUACCUCCAAGUAGAGAGAGCAUACAUAGUAACUCUGAAAAAGAAGAGCGACCACCUUUGACAUCUGUUUACUUGAAUAAAGUAGCUGCUAGUUUCACCAGAACUAAACCAUGGGGUUUCGAGAUCAUUCCAGAACAGGAUCAUUUAGAAUUUUGCAGUUCACAUCUACAGACAUUAGUUAGUGUGGCUAAAAGAUUAUUGAAUAAAGAUGUAUUAAAAAAUUUAGACAAUCAUUUAAAAGAUUUCUUAGCUGAAAAUUUAUACAGAUUUCCAUAUAAAUCAUUUAGUGAAACUAUAACAGUUGUUAUUGUUACCUUAAUGAGAGAUGUUCUAGAACAAGAAAAAGAUCUCCCAGCAUCUUUUAUGAAUGAUGUUCAGGAUUUUGUGAAGAGCUUGUAUCAUUCUGGACAGGUUGAUUUGGAGAAAAAGUCCAGCCAUCAUCAUAAAGACCAUGAGAAAGAUUUUGAGUUCAAUCCAUAUCAGCUGACUGUUUAUAGUAAUGCUGCUUGUGUUGAUUUAUUAUUCUGGGCUAUACGAGAAAUAUCAGAGGCUGAAAAUUUAUGUUUAAAACUAACAGAGAAAAUUAGUAAUAAUACAGAAAGAAAAUUACUGUUGUCUCAUGCUCCAUUAUUACUAGUUUCAUUAGAGGCUUUAGGGAAGUUGGCAGUAAAAUUUCCACCACUAGCUAGUACAAUGGUAGCAUCAUUACGAGAUUUCUUAGUUUCACCAUCACCAAUACUUAGUAAACUCAAUAAAUACGCCUCCUCAGAAAAUAAAGGAGGGAUCAAAAUAACAAUAACAGAUGUUUCUCACAACAAACCAACUAAAUCAAAUGGGGAUAAUGGUAAGAAACACCCCAACAAGUUGCUAACAGCUCUGGAGAAUCUAAGAGAUAAUGCCAUUCACAAUAUCUGCAGAGCAUUAAAAGCCGGUUUAAUUGAGGAUCCUGUGUGUGUUCAAGCGUUUUUAGCAGCCAUCUCUAACAGAUUAUAUCAGGCAGAAAUGAGUGACAGGGAAUCCAACUUAAUAUCCACCAAUACAAUAUUAACAUUAGGACAUUUAGCUGUGGCAUUGAAAGAUACGCCUAAAACAGUGGAGUCUAUAUUACAAAUAUUUCAACAGAGAUUCUGUGCUCCGCCAUCACCAUUAGAUGUACUGAUUGUAGAUCAGAUGGGGUGUAUGAUAAUGGCUGGUUGUGUAAGUUCAGGUAUUUAUUCAGCUGUAAUGUCAAUGUUUACACAAAUAUCAGUAGAAAGUUCAGCACCAUAUUCUUCUGGUGAAAAAGAUGAAAAGCUUAGAGGCUAUAGACAAGUCUCCCACUCUGUUAUCAAUGCCUUUGCUAAUAUAUCAGCUAACAUCCAAGGUGAAACAGAACAAUUAGAUUUACUAGGUCGUCUCUUAGAACUCUUCGUACAAAUGGGACUAGAGGGAAAAAGAGCCAGUGAAAAAAUUUCCACCACAGCUAAGGCAUCAAGUAGUGCUGGUAAUUUAGGUGUGUUAAUUCCUGUGAUAGCUAUAUUAACAAGAAGACUACAGCCAAUUAGAGAACCUAAUAGAAGAUUACAUAAAUUAUUUCGUGAUUUCUGGCAGUAUUGUGUUGUUAUGGGAUUUGCUACAGAAGGUUCAGGUAUAUGGCCACCAGAUUGGUAUGAAGGUGUAUGUGAAAUAGCUACAAAAUCACCAUUAUUAAUAUCACGAGAACAUCUCAGUAAAGAAUUACAGUAUAAUGCUGCUUUAAGAAAUGAUUCAGCUGCCCCUGGGGAGCUGUAUGAAUUGCGAGUUAAUAUCAGUAAUCUAUUAGAUAAUCCAACAGAAGUUGUUACUUUAAUCCAUAAGUUAAACUUCGCACAGUGUACUUAUUUAUUAUCAGUUUAUAAACUAGAAGAGUUAAGAAUAAUGAAUUCCACAGAUAUUCUAGCAUUCCAUGGUUUAUUUGAGUAUUUAGAAGAUAAAACUAUAUUUAGAGAUAAAGAUGGUAUGUGGCAAUGUAUUUUGGCAGUAGCUGAUAAAAUAUUUUACAGAUUUCUUGGCAUGAUCUCUCUAAAGCCUAAAACAGAAGAAAGAGAAGAAGAGUUAGAUAGACAUGCCCAGUUUUUACUUGUCAAGUUUAACUGUAUACAUAGUAAAAUACGACGUGUAGCUGAUAAAUAUUUAUCUAGUUUAGUAGAUAGAUUUCCAUAUCUACUAUGGAGUAAAGUUGUGUUAACAACCAUGUUAGAUAUUUUACAAGUUUUAUCUAGAUCUUUAGAAAUGGAUGCCCACCAAGAUGCACCAGAGUUAAAAGUACCACAUACUAAAUAUACGUUACGAGCUAUGGAUAGUAUUGUUGAUAGAGAGGCACGUAUAUUUUCUAUUUAUUUUGUAUUUCGAAGCACUGAUAUUUUACAAGAAUCAUUGAAAUGGGCACCAAAUACCACUCGCUCUCAUCUUAUUGAGUAUUUAUUACGUAUGGAGAACUCUACAGCUGGCUUGUUUCAACACAGUGGUUUAGCUCUAGUAACAGAAAGUGUUUUAAAUUAUGCUGGUUAUAAUAAGAACUCUGCACCUUUAGGAAGUGCCACGUUAGAUAGAAGACCUAAAUGUGUGAAUACAAACAGUUCUAAUUUUAUGGCUAACCUCAGUUUAAGAAGUAGAUAUUCAGGAGAGGUGACACAUUACUUAAAGGUAUUGCAAACUCAUUUUCAGUCAGAUGUCUGUGAGUCUAACACUGUGAACACUAGUUCACUUACGGCUAAGCAUUUCUUUAAUUACAGGAACCACAGACAUCUGACUGAAAAUUCGAUGAUGUCUAUUCUCUAUAGCUCAGUCAAUUUGAAUAGAAAAAUCCUACAUACAAUGUGUUGGACACCUAUCAACCAUUUUGAAGAGAGAACAAUGGAGGCUAGUGUUGCAUGCUGGGAAUGGCUAUUGUCUGCUAGACCAAAUUUAUCCACAGAGUUCCUGUGUGAAAUGGCAGCAGCUUGGCAGAUGUCUGUAGAUUUAAAGCUUGGAAUUUUUGAAGAAGACCAACCGAUACCAGAUCCUCUAGCUAAAAAAGAAGGUGUGGACCUAGCUCCACAACCACCUUACACUGCACCACAUGCUAUCUGGACUAGAUUCUUAAUGGAGAGGAUUGAAAUAGCUAAAUAUAGUAACUCAGUCCAUGUGGAUAUCUUGUUGAGUUUGUUGAACAAAUCUUUACCAGUUGGUGUUGGUAAAACACCAGCUAUCAUCUCUCGACAUCCUGCAGCCAUAGGUCCUAGAACCAGGUUAUUGAUAAUGGGUCUAUCAUUAUUACAAGGUGAUAUUUUACCCAAUACAGCUGGUAAAAGUGUACUCAGAGAAAGAAUCUAUGCUGCAUCAUUGGACUACUUCUGUGGUCCUAUCAUGUGUCCAACUCAACAAGGUUCUAACCUACGAGAAGAUAUCAUAACUCUUAUUAAAUUCUGGCAGAUGAUGCAUGCUGAUAAAAAAUACCUGAAUUCCAAUAUGUUAUCAUUUAAUGAUAUGGACUCUUCAGUGUUGACACCACAAACAUUAUCAAUAGGUGGUAUACCACCAGAUAGAAGAUCUCAAGCUAGUGGUUGGAUGAAUACUAUGAACAGCAGUGUUUCUACUUACUCUAGACGCUCAGCAAGUAAAAAGAAUCAAGCUGCUACCAGUAGUUUACUAAAAGAUUAUAUUAAAAAGAGAAAUCUUAUCUUGUCCUUAGUGGCUGGAGCAGUUGAUGCCCUUAUUACCUGGCACAAUCCUCUAGAACUAUCAGAAUUAAAAGUACCAGAUGAAGACAAAAUAGCUACAUGGCGUAGCACACCUUUAACAGAAAAACAAUGGAGAGAUACAGCUAGGUUGAGUUGGGACAUAUCACCUACCCUGGCUGUGUUUUUACCCUCCAGGUUCCGUAAUUCAGAAGCCCUGGUUCGUGAAGUAACUAGAUUAGUAAGAUCUCAUCCUGGUGCUGUGAACCAUAUACCACAAGCUAUAGAAUACCUGGUCACACCUCAUUCCUUAGAGGCUGAUGCCACAGAGUUAACCCAUGUUCUAACAUGGCAGAUAGUCUCCCCUGUUUUAGCUCUCUCUUAUUUUUCACGAUUGUAUCCACCACAUCCAUUAACAGCUCAGUAUGCUGUCAGAUGUCUACGCUCUCAUCCACCCGAAGCUUUGUUAUUUUAUAUACCACAGUUAGUACAAGCUUUAAGAUAUGAUCCUAUGGGGUAUAUAGGAGAGUUUAUUUUAUGGGCUGCUAAAAGGUCACAGUUAUUAGCACAUCAAAUACUGUGGAAUAUGAAAACUAAUACUUUCACUGAUGAAGAUGCUACUAUAAAAGAUGCUGAAAUUGGUGAUAAACUAGAGAAAAUUAUGAUGCAAAUAACACAAGAUUUAUCUGGUCAUGCUCUUCAAUUUUAUGAAAGAGAAUUUGACUUUUUUGGUAAAAUAACAGCUAUUUCAGGAGAAAUAAGACCAUAUCCUAAAGGUCCAGAAAGAAAGCAAGCGUGUUUAAAUUGUUUAAGUAAAAUAACAUUACAACAUGGCUGUUACCUACCCUCCAAUCCUGAAGCUAUUGUCACAGAAAUUGACUACAAAUCUGGAACACCCAUGCAAAGUGCUGCAAAAGCUCCCUUCCUCGCCAGAUUUAAAGUAGAGAAAUGUGGUAUCAAUGAAUUAGAAAAUUUAGCCAUGUCAGAAAAUACUACUGUUGAUGUAAAGAAAGAUCAGAAGAGUAAGAAGACCAGUGAACAUUGGAUGGCCUGUAUAUUUAAAGUUGGUGAUGAUGUCAGACAAGACAUGUUAGCUCUCCAAGUUAUUGGUAUGUUUAAGAAUAUAUUUGAUCAAGCUGGUCUUGAGUUAUAUUUAUUUCCAUAUAGAGUAGUAGCUACAGCGCCAGGGUGUGGUGUUAUAGAAUGUGUACCAGACAGUAAAUCUAGAGAUCAGAUAGGUAGACAAACUGAUAUUGGAAUGUAUGAAUAUUUUAUCAAUAAAUAUGGUGAUGAAAACUCUCCCAAAUUUCAGGCUGCCAGGCAUAAUUUUAUAGUCAGUAUGGCAGCUUACAGUAUUAUUGGAUUUUUAUUACAAAUUAAAGAUAGACAUAAUGGUAAUAUAAUGUUAGAUAAACAUGGUCAUCUGAUUCAUAUAGAUUUUGGUUUUAUGUUUGAAAGUUCACCAGGAGGUAAUAUGGGCUGGGAACCUGAUAUAAAGUUAACUAAUGAAAUGUUGCUGAUAAUGGGAGGUCGUGAUGCUCCACCAUUUCAAUGGUUUAUGGAACUAUGUGUACAGGGAUAUUUAGCAGUGAGGCCAUAUCAAGAAGCCAUCAUAUCUUUAGUAUCAUUAAUGUUAGAUACAAGAUUACCAUGUUUCCGUGGACAGACAAUCAAAUUACUACGUACUAGAUUCUCACCCCAGUAUUCUGAACGUGAUGCAGCUAAUUAUAUGUUGAAAAUUAUACGUGACUGUACCAAAAACUGGAGAGGAAAAACAUACGACUGGUUACAAUAUUACCAAAAUGAAAUUCCAUGUUAA